UCACCCUGCGCCUUUGUUGUGAGACGGUAGCAAGGCGACUGUUUAUCCUUCGAGCUAGCUAACCUGCUCAGUUUCAUAGGAGGAAAACCUAAAAAUAGCUUGAAAUGAUUAGUAUUACGUUUUGACAUACCUGAAUUAUCCCGACGUGGGAUCCGUAGCAAAUUAAGUUGAAGAAGUCGGUCGCUAUCAUAGAGGAAGUUUGACAGUUCGAGGAGAGUACACAUGUCGUCUGCGGCAGAGACAGUAGAAAAUGCCUCCAUCAUGUCAGAGAGUGUGGCCCAUGACGGAAACCGCUUGUGGAUAGGAAAUAUCGAUCCCAAAAUUACAGAGUAUCACUUGGUGAAGUUGUUGGAGAAGUUUGGAAAUGUGAAACAGUUUGACUUCCUGUUUCAUAAGUCUGGGCCUUUGGAGGGACAGCCACGGGGAUACUGCUUUGUCAACUUCAACACCAGAGAGGAGGCAGAGAGGGCGAUCCAGUGUUUAAAUGGGAAGCUAGCUUUGUCCAAGAAGCUUGUCGUGCGCUGGGCGCACGCACAGGUGAGGAGGUUUGAAGGUUUCCGUAACGACAAGACGAUGCCUCCGAGCCUGGAGCCGUCGUGCAGCGGGGCGGCGGAGGAUGGACCCGUAACUACCAACCACCUCAGUACGAGUGCUAAGAUCCGCGCCAUUGAGGCCAAGCUCCAGAUGAUGGAGGAGAAUCCAGAUGAUGACUACUCGGGCCCAUCGGCAUACGUUUACAACAAACCGCCAGAGAGGAAACGCUGGGAGCCCUACUCUAAAUCACACCACAAUAACCAGAGCAGGCCCUUCCGCAAGUUUAGGAGAUGACCCAUCCUCCCACUCACUCUGGAGACCCCCCUCCCCUCCUUCCCUCACACACCUCAGCCACCACCUACACACAAACAGACUCUACACUAGAUACUAUAAAGACUAUACACAUCCUAUCUGGGAAUUUUGACAAUACUUUGAAGACGCGGACUCUUUGGGGUGUAAUCACAGCAAUCACGGACAGGAACCAAAAGUGGUUUUUAGUUCUUCUUGGGUUCCAGUUAUCAGUUAUUAUCCAGUCUUAACAUAUGCCCCGUACCUGACCGCUGUGCAGGUUGGAUCCCUUAUCAGUCUGCUUUCUCACUUUUGCAGAGAUGUAAUGCAGGUGAAUCAUCCAGCUGUGAGCCACAUGACGCACAGCUGCCCAGGAAAGAGAAAUGUUAUUAUUAAAGAGUCUAAAUGCCGAGUCGCUUAUUGUA